CUGAACUAACCUACUUCUGUCAAAAUUAAAAUUCGGCUGACAUUUCUCUUUGGAAAUCUGCAAAAUCAAAAACCUCGCUGCUAGGGCUAGAUGUACAAAAGAAUCUAGUGUUUACUAUGGAAAAACCGAGUUUACCAGAAUCCAAAGAAAGUAAUAAAUCUUCCUCACAAACAAAAUCAACCACAGCAACCAACGAAGACAAUCUCAGUUGUUUAAAAUGCAAAACUACAUUCGAAUUCACAUUGGACAAAGGCAAAGACGACUACUUAGCUCACUUGUUUCGUGUCCACAGGCUGGUUAUAGCUGAUGUUGACGACAUAGCUGACCUUCGUGAAUAUUUAAAAUAUUGGAUUGAUAAAUUUAAAGAUCACUCAUUGGAAGAAUAUUGCACUACAAUGCUAUUGGAUCAAUUGCCCGAUGGGACAAUAUCGAAAAACGAAAAAUACUACCUUCUGAGUGAUAUUCUACCCCAAGAUUUCGAACUACGCAAAAGACUACAUCAACUACGACUUGAAAAAGCCCUCGCUAAGCAUCAAUUCGAAAGAACUGAUCGAGAAUUCUCAAAGGAAUGUCUAUACUGCCGUGAUGUCAUUCACGGAUUGCGUUCUGAAUUCCUAGAACAUCUCUUCACCAAACACUUUCUUCAAUUAGGUAAGCCAGAAAAUCUUGUCUAUGUUGAUGAACUUCUCGAAAAAGUACAAUCCAGUCUGGAGAACUUAAUAUGUUUGUAUUGCGAAAAAGUUUUUAAAGAUCGAGUCACACUCAAAGAACAUAUGAGAAAAAAAGGGCACAAACGUAUCAAUCCAAAUAAUCACGGAUAUGAUCGAUUUUUCCUCGUCAACUAUCGCAACGAAAAACCCAAACAUACCAAGAGUCUUGAACAAACUCGACGCAAUGCCACUCGACAGCAACAACGGGAAAAGAAAGAACCCAAAGAACACACUAAUUUAGAUAACUCGAUUCUUAGUAGUGAGGAUUCAGACUCGGAUUGGUUCGAAUGGGAUAGUGAUAAGCUUCCCAUUGCUUGUCUAUUCUGUUCCAAAACUGAUCCAGAUAUGGUUUCGCUAAGAAAGCAUAUGCAGCAGGAGCAUGAAUUAGAUUUCGAAGAGGAGACUCGAAGCUUGAAUUUCUAUCAGAAAGUGAAAGCCGUCAAUUAUGUCCGCAGACAGGUUCAAAUUCUUCGCUGUGUAACAUGCAAUUGCAGGUGCGAAACAACUGCAAAACUGUUGGAACACAUGUCAACUGAGAAACAUUACAGUUUGGGAACUCGUUCGCAAUGGGAUAAGCCAGAGUUCUUUUUCCCCACAUUCGAGGAUGAUGGUCUACUUUGUGUUUUGGAUGAUGGUAAUGAUAAUGAUGAUGACGAAUCUGUGGUACGCAUUAUUUCUGAGGAUUCUCUUGUUAAGAUCAACAAAGACGCGGAACAAUUAUCUUUAGAAAAUUUUAACCUUCCAUAGGUUAAAAUAAAAAUGCUUUUGCUUUAUUAA